AUGACUGGGCAUUGGAGCUACUGCGAUGAUGAUGAGUGUGGUGAGUGCUGGGAUUAUCCCCUCGUAGAUCUCUUGAUGUUCGUCGUCUUUAUUUGGAACAUGACUUUUACAGGUCCCAACCGCUGGCCCACUGGUCAACAUCAAUCGCCGAUUAACAUUGACCUUGGAGAAGUGCAACGAAAGGAUACGCAUGAUGGGAUCAAGUUUGUGAACUACGACCAUCCGAUCCAAGGAGAUAUUGUGAACAAUGGGCAUUCCGGUUAGUGCUUGCAAGUCGGGAUUACGUUACCAUCACUUUCGUUCCAGUUCAAAUGACGCCGGAACUUCGCUCCGAGCACCCGGAGAUCUACGGCGGAGGCUUGGACCAGGUCUACCGUCUUGUCCAAUACCACUUCCACUGGGGAGAGAAUGACAACGAAGGAUCGGAGCACACGCUCGGAGGGCUUCGCUACCCUGGCGAGCUCCAUCUCGUUCACCAGGGAGUUGAGGACCCCGGCAAACUGGCCGUCGUAGGCGUUUUUCUCCAACUUGGAAAAGAAGGAAAGGCGCUGUCGAAUGAGGAGCGUGUGCUUGGACAACUCCGCAACCCGGAGACUGUGACGCGUGUCACGAAUGUGAGACUUUCCGAGAAGCUGCCCCACAAUAGAAGAUCGUUCUGGAGGUAACAAACAGCUACCGUAGCCCCAAUAACAUUGUGGCUUCAGAUACGAGGGCUCGUUGACUACCCCGCCGUGCUCUGAGAUUGUCACUUGGACCAUCUUCACUGAACCGGUUGCCGUGACGCACGAGCAAUUGGAGCUGUUCCGCCAAGUUCAGGACAUUGAGAAACGUCCCAUCAAGAAGAACUACCGUCCGACGCAAAACCUGAAUGACCGAAAGAUUGUUCACAUUGUUGCCAACUGA